UUACUGUUAUGAACCAGAAAAUAAACGACAGUCGGCUGUUUGGGUGUUCCAAGCAAAGAACUGUUACUGCGGAUUGGUAUACCACCAUUUGUUUACCAAAAGUCAUCACCGAGCUUCGAAAUAUCAUCCCCGAAAGAAGAAUCAUCCUCCACCAAGACAAUGCAAGCUCGCAGACAGCCCAAAAAACAAGGCUGUAUUUAACGGAAGAAAACGUGGAAUUAUUGGACCAUCCUCCAUAUAGUCCCGAUCUAAGUCCUAACAAUUUCUUUACUUUCCCAAAAAUUUAAAACAGACUGCGUGGUCAAAGGUUCCAGUCACCAGAAGAAGCAGUGGACGCAUUCAAAAAUGCCGUUUUGGACCUGCCAGCAAACGAGUGCAAUAAGUGCUUCGAAAAUUGGUUCGAGCGCAUGCAGAUGUGUAUUAAUCUUCGAGAAUACUUCGAAAAACAAUAAAGUUAUUUAAAACUACCUACCGUGUUGUUUUAUUUCCAUAUGCAAAACUUAAAAGACAUUCCUCG